AUACAUACGCAGCAGUUUUGUGUGAUUAUUUGUAUUUAAUCACACUAGUUUUAUUAGAUAUAUAGAGAUUAGCAUUAAUUAAUUAGGAAAUCAUGAAAGAAAAACAUGGCUGAGCAUGGCAAUGACCUUUACGAACAACAACUUUUUGCUGUAUUUGAAAGCUGUUUGACAAAAGGAGAGGAUGAACUCAGUGAGAAUGAUUUGUUUUCCAUUUGCAAUAAAUUACACCUCGAUGAAUUGAUUGAAGAAUUGAAAUUGUGCAUUUGCAAACAUCAUCCAAAUAAACAAACAAUAUCCUUUCAAGAAUUCCGAGAUGGUUUAUUACUCUUGUUGAAAAAAUUCCAAGGUUCAAUAACCGAUAAACAGCAUAUUGUACAACCAUAUCAUAAUUUAAAUAUAUGCAAUCGAGAUAUCGAGAAAAAUCAAACUUUACCAUUGGUCACAAGUACUUCGAGGAUUCAUCUUCAAGAUAUGAAAGCUAAUGUUACAAUGGACGAGAGCAGACUGAUACGCUUAUGGGAGAAAGUGAAGGUUUGUUUCAGUGAAAACACAGAACCUGCAACGAUACAGUUUAUAUCGAGUUGUUUAGAAAUUCCAGAACUCCCUAAACAAAUAACAGAAUCUAUCUUUGAAAGUCUCGAUCGCAAUUGUGAUGGAUUAAUAAGUUUUGACGAGUUUGUAAUUAUAUUUCAAAAGAGAAAAAAUAUCAAGACUUUACGAGAGGAUACUGCAUCUCAUAGCAGUAUUGUAAACUAUGAUGUAAAUACAUUAGAUUUUAAUACACGUGUGUCUUGUGAAAUUGAUUCAACGCAAACUAACAGAGAUUCGGAUAAAGAGGGAAAAGUUGCUGGUGUUUCUAAUAUAGCUACACUAUCAUCCAGUGGAGAUCUUGAUGCUUUGGACACGAGUCUUGUAGAAAUAACAAAUAUCAUAUGCGAUGAACUCAAAAGUUUAAAUGAAUCAUUAGAUAGUAAUACCAUUCAGACUCAUAUUAAUUUGUUACGAGAAACGAUGAUUACCCAUCAGGAUGAGCAACGCAAUUUAACUGCUAUAAUAGACAACAUGAAGGUGGAAAGAGAGAAAAUGCGGAUUGACAUGUUAGAGGCCAAUGAACGGGCGAAUUUAUUAGCACAAGAGAUCGAUGAGUAUCAUGUUCAGUUGGAAAAAACGAAAAAAGAUUUACAGAGACAGAGCGAACAACGUUAUGCUGAAAUUACGAAAGAAUUAUCAGAUCAACUGAAUAUCGAACGGGAGAUGGAUGCCGCGGCUCUAAAAUCAAAGGAUGAUCAGUUACAGGCACUACAAAAGGAUAAUCAUGAUAUGAAAAAUAAAAUCGUACAUAUUUUGCAAGAAAAUCAAAUGCUCGAAGCAGAGAAUAAAACUCUUCUUAGCCAGAUUGAAAAGUUGCGGCAAUCUAAUAAUGAUUUGUUAACUCAAAUAAAAGUGUUAGAUGCGGAGCAGGAUGAGAUACAAAGCAUAGAAGCCAAGCAACAAGAACAAGUUAAUUUUUUCGUUGAUCGUAUUAAACAGUUACAGUCAGAAGUAACGCUCUUACGAGAUCAAAACGACGAACUUUGUGUGGAAUUGGAAAAUUCGAAAUGUUAUGGCAAAGAUACGUCAUAUAAGACACCAUCGUCUUUGGCAUAUGAUUUACAAUUAGAUGAGAAUCAAGAUGAAAACCAUAUGACACAAGAGUUUGAAGUGGAUCGGCAGAUCAGUGGUAAAGCAUCAAGUGAUGACUUUGAAAUACCAAUGGACGAAGGUCAGACUGAUAUAUCCAAUUGUGAUACAAUGGAAUACAAAAGAGAUAUAAUUAUAAAAGAUUUGGAAAAUAUAUUAUCAACAAGUGCAAAAUGCCUACCAGAGAAAUGUUCUUUGAAAGCUAGUGUGUCGAAAUUGCUUACUUGUCUGCGAUCGGACUUUGCACUACGUUGUCCCGCACAAGACUUUGGGAAAAGUAUAGCAUCUGAGCUUGAAAUGGAAUGUGAGGAACGAGCUAACGAGUCUUUGCGAGAUUUAGUCGUUUCGAAAAUACCAAAGCAACCUUCUGCGAAACGUACAGCGAUGUCCAAUAGUGCAGAAGAUUUGAAUAAUUUCACUGGUCAAGAUGCAAAAAAUCUAAUACAAAAUAAGGCAAUGAGUCUUAGAGAUUAUCCACCGCGAAAAGAAGAAUAUCCUAUGGAUCAAUGGAAAGCCAGCAAGGAAAAAAAUAAUUCUCCGAACGUUACUGAAGUCGAAAGUAUUCCAAGAAUUGUGACAACAAACACAGAAUCAUUAGAGAUAGAGAAGAAACAAUUGACCGAACGUUGUCAAGAACUCGAACGAAGUUUAGAUUUAUUAAAAACGGAAUACGAAGAAUGUGAGGAUUAUUGGGCUGCCAAAUUAGAAGAAGAAAGACAGCUUUUUGAACAAGAACAAAAAAUAAGUGACGACAAACUUGCCGAGCUUAUUAAUAAAAUAACAGAAUAUGAAGAAUUAAUUAGUCCUUCGGAUAAAUCAAAAAAUAAUGGACGAUUGUCUCCUAUAGAAGAAAAGUUUAAUUUGGAGCAACAGUAUAUAGAUCUCGAAGAAGAAUUUGAGAAAUGGAAAAUAAAAACUGAAAAUGAUAUUUCUCAGAAAAAUCUAGAAAUUGGAGACCUCCGUGAAAAGUUAAGACUGAUAGAACAACCAAUUACAAAUGAUUCCUAUGUACAAGUACCAGACGAAAUUUCUUUAGCAACAUUGUCAGAUUCGUCGCACUGUAAAUCUUCCAGUAUGUCCAGUAUUCUAUCAACGAACGAAAUAUUCGCAAAUACGGAUUUAUUUGGAACAAACAAUCAAGCAUGUCAUACUUCAGCAGAAUUUUCAUUAUCCAAUAAUCUUAACAAAUUGUUGAAACAAGAGGAUCACAUAGACGGUCAUAAUCUAUAUAAUACACAUACUGAGUGCUCUACAAAAGUAAUAAAAGAUAUAAGUAAAGAUCAAAAGAUAUAUCAUAAUAGUCCACAUAUUGCUGAUAAAACUAUGGCAAUGAAAGAGGAAGAUAAGUGCGAUUCAGAAUUUAAAUUGAUACAUAAUACAAUGAAAGAAACUAGCUGUACAUGUUCAGAGAAUAAUGUUCAACAGCAAGUAGAUUGCAUCGAUUUAAACAUUUUUCAGAACUUAAAAAUGAAACUUUACGCACAAGAACGCAAGAAACGUCAUCUGCAGCGUUAUAUUAAACAGCAGCGGCAGUAUAUUGAAAGAUUAUUACAACGUAUUAUGGUGCAGCACCAGACGGAAGUAUGUGAGUUACAGUGCCUUCUCCGUAAUGCCCAAGAAAGACUUCACAUACAAGUUCAAACAACUGUUGAUCAGGAGAUACCGUUUGUGAUGGAUCCUGAGACAAUAGCAAUGGGCGAUAAUUUAUUCAAGCUGCAGUGUUUAAUUAAAACUACCGAGAUUCAGCAUAGUGUGCAGUGCAAACUUGAAAGAAAAUUAUUUUUUGCAUUAGCAACCAACAAUGCUGAAAUUAUUCUUUAUUAUAAAAGGGAAUCUUCUUGUCUACCUGUUGUUAAAAAAAUACCAUGGUUUCAAGGGCUACAUAAACAAAUAGCUGCAUUUUGCUUUGAUUCAAGUGGUACUUGGUUAUUAUGUGUAACUUUAGAUGGUUCGUUGUAUGUAUUACCUGCUUUAACUUUAGUUGGUGAAAAUUGCAUUAUUGACAAAAAAUGGAAAACUGACGAUGCAACUUAUAUAUCUUUUGUAAAUUCACAAAUUUCUCAUUUCAGACCAAUAGCUAUUAUAUGGUGGAGAAAUACGAAAAUAUCUGAGGACAUAGGCAUUAUAGGAACGGAAUGUGGAGCAAUUAUAUUUAUAAAUCUUUCAAAUGGACAACAACUAGGCAUAACAUACAUUAAUGAAAGUAUAAGCAAUCUACAUCUUUGUGAAAAUGAAUACAAUGAGAUUGUAUCUCUUUUGAUAACAAGUAAAUUUCAACAGCAAUGGCGUUUAUCUUUGGAACACAUGUCUUUUAAUCUUUUACAUAAUGUUGAAAACGAAAAACCUUAUAACGAAUUAAAUUUAAGUGGUGCUAGUCAUUAUAAUGUGGAAGAUUCCGUUCCUAAUAAAUCUAAAUUAAAAGAGCUUAAACAGCUCUCUGUUGAAAAAUUGACUAUUCUUAAACAGAAGAUAAUUGAUACCAAAAAUCAAACAUUAAAGGAGAGUUUACAAUAUCAUGAUGCUGCAAGAAACAAAGAAAAUGAUAAUGGAAUUCCUGUUAAUUCGGAAAUAUCACAAUGCAAAUUAGGUUUUGUUAGUCCAGAACCAAUAUCAAAAGAUACUUUUCUAUCUUUGCAAUAUGACAGAGAAAACCGACAAUUGUAUACAUGCUAUCAUCUUGUUACUAAUUAUAUCACAGUACACGGUCCAAAUCUAACUAUGGUACCUUUGUCAAUGCACAAAGUGUUUAAGUCAUGCGAAACGGUUUUAUUAGCACAUAGAUUAUUUUUUAUUACCGAUAUUAAUCAAUAUGUAAUAUAUAUAAUAUCUGAUCAAUUAUCCGAGACUCAUGUAAACAAAGACUAUCAGUUUAAUCCCGAGUCUAUUAUCGGAACAUUUUCUUUUAAAAAUAGUAAAGAAGUAAUACGCGCGGUAUACAAAGUAACACAAUUCAAUAAUACAGUACCGAGAAAAGUUUGUGAGGAAAUCGAAAAUACCUUACCAAAGAAUGUGAAAGAUAUUAAGGUCGAACCGUUUAGUUUGGAUACAUGUAUAAUUGUGACAAACCGCUGUGUAUACGAAGUUGUAUUAAGAAAAUCUCUUCUUUCGAUCUUUAUGGAAUUAGUAUUGAAGAGAAACGAGUUACAAGAAGCUGGAAAAUUAGCAAUGAUUUUUGGAUGGAAUGGACAACAUCUGCUGGAAUAUGUUGGCGAUUUAUUCCUAUCAAAUAAAGAAUUCUCACGCGCAGUAGCUUCAUAUAAAAUGUCUAAGUGUAAAUUAUUGAAGAGCGUAUUAAAGUUUGCAUCAGUAGGCCAUACAUCAGAAUUACUGAGUUGUCUAACUCAUUGUUUACUUACACCUCUUAUUACUGAAAUGCCUAUUGCAACAAGGAUACAUUUAUCUAAUUUGUGUGUACUUUCUUUUAUUGAAAUGACACUAAGGAUUUGGUCGGAACAAUCUAAAGCAAUUUAUAAAGAAUUCUUAUACUUUUUGUCCACAAAUACAUUUUACGACGAAUUAUUAGCUAUUAAUAUAGCUGGUCAAACUUAUCUUUGGGAGGUAUUACACCACUUGGCUAUACAAAGGAGUUUGUACAGUCAAAUGUUGGACAUUCUCAUAAAGGCGAUACAAAUAUUUGGCACAAACGACAUUCACUCAAAGUCAUAUGGUUUACUCAUAUGUUUGAGUGAAUCUGAUUUAAUGCAAUCAAUGUUAUUGAAUUACGAUUUAGCUAAAUCUCACAUAUUAUUUGUACGCAAUAAUCUGCGAGAUUCUCACAUCUUUGUACUUCAGAGAUUAGUAACAUUGUACGAUCCAACCAAUCCAGUAUUACGACCUAGAUUAAUACAAUGUAAAGCACGUCAUAAAAUGGUAUCAUACGAUUUUCGAUCUAAUCAAUGUGAUUCUAUAGAUUCUACGGAUAAUAUUGAUCAGUCUGAUACUCUCGUGGAAGAGAUAAUAGAAACAUUUAUACUAGUAUUGUUGACUCUUAUUCAUAAGAAACGAUUAUUAAAUCCUAAUUCCAAAUUCACUUUUUUGUAUGACGUACAAUUGCCGGAGUUCAGCAAGGAAUACUCGGAAAUGACUAUGCAUGUUGAUUUUAAGAGAAGAUCGUUAAGUACUGGAUUUUCUCAUGUUGCUCUUGUUCGAAAUGGUAAUAUCUAUACUUGGGGAAGUUCAGUGCAAGGUUGUUUAGGUACUGGCUCUAGCGUUUUGCGAUAUGGGACACCUCAUGCCAUAUGCUUCUUCAAAAGUAUGAAGAUUGAAGUUUUUAGUGUAUCAUGUGGGCAUUGUCAUACUCUGGCAGUUACUAACAAUGGAAUCUAUGCUUGGGGAUCUAGUCAAUUUGGUCAGUUAGGACUUGGCAAGGUGUUGCAAUGUUCAAGUCCGGAAUUAGUUACUUCGUUGGCGCAAGAAAUUAUUGUUGAUGCAGUAGCUGGACAGUAUCAUUCUGUAGCACUAACUGCAGAUGGUAGAAUAUUUACAUGGGGUUGGGGUGUUCACGGCCAACUGGGCCACGGCAAUACCGACGAAAAAGCUACACCAUCUUUGGUCAAAGCUCUGCUUGGCGUAGUCGUGUGUUGUAUCAGCGCUGGAUAUGCGCACACUUUGGCACUAUCAAUAGAUGGUGUUGUAUAUGCUUUCGGAUGUAAUAUUCUUGGUCAAUUAGGAACAGGUGAUAAUACCAAAAGUUCUGUCCCGAUAAAAAUAUCGUUACCCGAUAGGAUAACGCUUAUAAGUACUGGAUACUUUCAUAAUCUAGCUGUCAGUAUUACGAACAAAUUAUAUAUAUGGGGUGCGAGUCCUCAAGUUCUCAGAUUGCAAGCACAAGCGCAAAAAAAGACUCGUAUAUCAGAGCAACAAGAUGCUAAUGAGAAAAGGAAUAAGGCUCUAGGAGAAUUGGAGAAAAUACCAAGUAAUGCUACAAAUCUAAACGGAAAAAUAAAAGAAGAAUUUUUUAAUAAGAAAGAUAGUGUACAAACUAAGUCUUCUCACACGGAAACCUUUAAUAUAGAAACGCAAAAGAAAUUCGAAACUAAAAACGCACAUUUGAAAGACUUUGAUUUGAUCGAGGAGAAUCAAACACAUUUAAAACCAUGUGUUGUUGACACAAGUUUGGUGAAAGGUCAAAUUAAUCAGAUAUCAGUUGGCUGUCACCAUAAUGCAUUAAUAACGAAAGAUGGCUCUUUAUAUACAUGGGGCCGUAAUCUGGAUGGUCAAAUAGGUAACGGCACGCGACGAGAAGUAUUAAUUCCGACGCCUUUGUAUUAUAAUUCAGCCUGUAUUUUUGCACAAAUACCUCCUAGACACAAUGAUUUUAAAAGAAUACAAAAUCAAUGGGACUUGGACACUGACGCCAAAUCGAAUUAUUCACUGGCAAAUAAUGGAAAUGUGCCUGAGAACAAUGGGAAUAUCAGUGAUUCAUCGAUAUACGUAGAAAAUGCUGGCAUAAAUAAAGAGAGAAUCAAUCCUGUAAUUAAUGCUGUUGGCGUUGCUUGUGGAUAUGAUUAUACAGUCACAAUACAACCAGGAGGUACGGUAUUAGCUUGGGGCAAUAACAGUAGAGCACAAUUGGGUCGCAUUCCUGCGAAAGAUGCACGAGAUGCCGAUGAUAAACUCGUAUUACUGAAAUCAUCGAAGCGAAUAGUACGACUCCCUAAUGCGUUGCACGUAGCUUUGGACGUUCCUAGUCAAGUACCUGGUAUUUCUACGCCAGUGAUAUCUUAUCGAUCUAAUGAUGUGUUUUCUCUCGCCGGACUUGUCUAUCCUUUAAGCGUUAUCGAAAAAUCACCUGGGGAAUUAACGCUUCAUUAUGUUCUGGAAUAUUUCUACAGUUUAUAUAACUCCGCCAAUAUUAUGAAAAAGUGUAUUGAAUUAGAGAAUUAUCAAGCUUGUUCUAAAAUAGCAGCAUUAGAAAAUAAUGUUUUGGCUGCUUUCACUUAUCAAUUGAAGAUGUUACAUAAAUUGAGUCUUCAGUCCAAAAAUUAUUCGGAAAUUUCACAUGAAACAACAGAAUCCACAAUCCAGAUUAGUUCACAAAAUCACGUAGAUGUGAUGAGAGAUUCUAUGUCGUCUCAAAAUAUCCAGAAAAAUACUGAAUUAUUCAAUACACAAGUGGAGAAGAAUCUCAUAGAAUCCUUGGAAAACAGCGUUGCUCAAAGCUGGACGAAAAUUUCCACAAGUAGAUCAUUGAAUAAUUUGCAAACACUAGCACAAGAAUUAAAUUCUUUCGAUUGUCAAGGUGGUUCAGAAGAAUUAUACAAAACUCGAAAAAAGGACGAUUCCUCGAACGUUAAUGCAGAUCACUCCAACGCCGAAUAUAACUCUAACGAAGAUAAACAGAAAUGGAUUAAAGAUUUUAUUUUUAAUGAAAAUGAUUUGCUUCUGCAACAUAAAAACGUCACUUGUAAUUCUGUGCAAAAUACAACUCGAUCGAUCUUCAUGAAAUCAAUGUUAAUUGUCAAUGACAACCGGUGCGACGAAAAUAAAGAGAAGACUAUAUUGUCGGACAAAAUGUCCUCUCAUUCUCAAAAGAAUUACAUAAUUAACGAAACAAUGAAAGCAUUAAGGUUUUAUUUGAAAAGUAUCAAUAAUGAAUCAAAUACUGUGAAAUGUGAAAUAUUGCAAAGUGCAAUUGGUUUUUGGAUUGAGCAUAAAUUACCGAUACAAUGUUUGGAGAAUAUUUUUCUCGAACAUAUACAUAUCGUUUAUUACCCUCUUGGAUUAUUACUUUUUUGUCAGGAUGUGAUAGAAAGAUAUUUAAAUAUAAGCAAGUACGGCGACGAAGAAAAGGACUGGUGCGCGAAUAAUUUAUUCUCAAUUAAAUUCUGUCUUCAAGUAUUAUCAAUGUUAAUGCAACAUAUCGAUGAAGAUGACAUUAUGCCGGAAUAUAUUAAAAUUUUCUCCUCUUUAACGGCGGACAGUUACGGAGCACCUUUAAACGGAUAUCCAGGUGCAAAUGGAAAUAAUAAUCCAGAAGAAAUGAUGGAAGGAACCGUCAAUACGAUACUUUCCGAAAUUGAAGAUUCCAAAUUAUUUGCACAUGUCAAGGACCCGGAUGCUGUAAAUCACUUGCUUACAACGGAAGAAGAUAAUAUGAUAUUUACUUGCGGACAUCACUUUCCAAUCUCUCAAUACGAAGCAGACGUUAUCCCAUCGUUGGAAACAGAAUUACUAACAUCUCCAUCUUUGAUUCUUCCAUGUACGUCGCAGUAUUUAGGAAAUAUGUUAUCUCGCACGUCUGAACCAGAAAUUAUAUGUCCUUUGUGUAUAAUUGGAGCAUUAAGAGCAACAACGGCAAAGGAUUAUGAUUAAAGGUAUGCUAAUCCUU